AUGGACCUUUGCCGACAACGUGACGGAUACAAAUGCAUUUUCCUUCCGACAAUCGUUAACGAUGUCGCCCAUAUCAUUCCACGAAGCUGGAAUGAUACCGAAGAGAACAUGCUGUUAACCCGUACCGUCAUAUCUGCCGCCCAAGCAUUUAUGGAUGACGAUAUCCUGUCCAAGUGCGUUAGCCUAUUCGCUGAUGGGAACAACCUCGGUACUAUGGAUAAAUGUUGGAAUAUGCUUUACAUCAACCAGUUAAUUUGUAAGCAUUUAGAGAAAAUGCGAAUUGGGCUUAAGUGUGUUGGUAUUGACCACCCUUUCGCCGAGGAUGAUACCAGAGCUGUUGUUAUCAUCCAACCGUAUUGGCUGUACCGCAACUACCAGAAACCCAAACAGAAAGUGACUCUUGAGGGAGAUGGGAACGAUUUCGACGACAUAAUCAAUGGAAUACGACAGAUCAGAAAACUAGAAAAGAAGCCCGCCCGUGUUGAAAUGUCAACUGAGGAUGCUGAAAAGUGCAAGGCCAUGUUGGACCUUGCCUGGGUUUUGGGUGUUGUUGCAGCUAGUAGUGGUGCGGCUCAAUGGCCGAAUCUCCUACCUGAUCACGAGUAUUGGGAUAAGAUCAAGCACUGGGCUGCUGUGGAUCGAUGGGUGGAUGAUCAAGCAUAUCGUCUUCAACCUCCUGACCUCCACCUCCCUUCCGCGCCCCCCUCCUCCUAA